CAUCGAUACAUCGGACUCUGGCACCCUUUACUUGCCUCAACCGAUAAUUCAAGAAAUCAUGUCGUAUUUGCCUCCGAGGAUCGCAACGCAAAUCAGCAUCCUCUCCAAGGAUUGGAAUCAUGCCUUCAAUACUCUCCCAGCUCUAGAAUUUGACGAGGAAACCUUUGGGAGGAAAGAUAUUAGCGGGCAUGAUGCUAAAACUGAGAAAACUGAGAAUGAUACUUUUCUGGAAUAUGUCAACGGUUACAUAUCACGGCGCCGUGAGCAUGACCUCAGCAUCGACUUGAUGAGCUUGUUGAUCUUCUCGAGUGCUGACAAGCUGAAUUCCAAGGUGCCCAAGUGGAUAGACACCGCCUCGAGGCUAAAUCUUCGAGCCCUUACGCUCGGUCGCAUCGUCGACUAUCCCGACAAAAGAUCCUACGAGCAAAAAUGCCCCGACUUAGUCUCCGACACCAUCUCUGUCCUCCACGUGAGUCAUCUCUCGAUGCAGGGUGUCAAGAUGAGGCUGCCUCGCCUGGAAGAACUGGUCCUACACAAAGCCCACGAGAGCGACGACGUCGUGAACAAGUUGAUGCUGAGUUGCCCCACACUCCGGCGCGUGGAGCUGAUUAAUUGCUUCCGCUCCACGGACCUCCUCAUUUGCGGACCGAAGCUCGAGACUUUUGAGGCGUCGGCCAUGCUUCAAGAUGAAAGCUUUUCGAUUUCGAUUUCAGCCCCGAACCUCGUAUCCUUCAGCUACACAUCGGUGUUUAUCAUGGCCUUCCGGGAUGGGCAGUUGUCGGCUCUCCAAGUGCAUGGCGCGCAAAACCUGAGGGAGCUUGCCCUGGAUCUGUGCGUGAUCGGGAUCAGGACGAUCCGAGAAGCCAUCUCUCGGCUUCGUCUCCUGGAGACUUUGAGGCUCAAGGGGAGCCGGUCUGCUGAGCGCAUCAGGGUAACUCACAAGAAUCUCAAGCAUCUCGCCUUGACCGGAUUCGAUUUCUUGGUAAGAGUAAAGACCCAAACUCCUAAUCUAGUGUCGUUCCAAUAUGAUGGCCCCAACAUCGUGGCCAUCGGUCCACGAGAUUCAACGAGAUUGGCGAAUGCAAGACUGGAGGUGGAUUUCGGAGUCCGCAACAAGAGGAGGAGCUAUCUCAAGGCGGCCAAGUUUCUUAGGUAUUUCGGUUGUUGCGACUCGUUGACAGUAGCUUGUAAUGGAGUUGAGGCAUUGGUUAUUCCACGAGAAAUCAGAGGUGAGAUGCUUCCUCCAUUGCGGGAUGUCAAGCAUUUGAGACUUCAAAUCCUCUGCAACACUUCUGAAGCUGAUAGCAGCUCUCAACUAACAGAAAGCUUAAGGUGGAUGUGUCCUGAUUUAGAGACGCUAGUCGUUAACUCCGAACCUCGCCGCGAGAAGAAGACAUCAUCGGCCAUCUCUUUCGGACCCCACAGAGACAAGUACUCGCGAUCAAAUAGGAAAAUGGGCUGCUGGGAAUCAUCCACGGCAGCAGUUGCUAUGAGAGAUGCAUUCUUGACAAAGAAAGCUGAUCUAACUUCAUAUGCAGGGUCAUCUCGUCUUUGAUGAAAUUUUGGGAUGCUGAUUUUUUAUUUUUUUUUCGGGCUUGAGGAAUUUGUGAUGUUUGGAAUUAUCCGUAGCAUAUGUUAAAGCUUCUAUAUAAAUAAAGUGACAAACCGAUGAUUCGUCUUGCUCAGUAAA